AUAAAUCACAAGUUGCACUUAAAUCUCUCAUCAACCAUGUUAAUAUUACUAAUAUUCUGGAAAUUUUGGAAGUUAAACAUAUGGCAACAAAUACAUCUUCAACCAACUAUGUAGCAUUAUGUCAUGACUAUUCACAUAUUUGCACAUCAUUAGGUCGAAAGUUAGCAACAUUAGCUGCUGAAUUUAAUUUAACACAUGUUUUAGCUACUAUGUGGGGUUUAAUUGAACAAGUAGAGCAAAUAGAGCAAUCAAAUAUUAAUAGCACAAGCGAUAAUCGAUCUCAAGAAAUAGUUCAAAAUCCAUCACAAGCAAGUGCAAAAGGAAGACCUGCUAAAAGAUUGAAGUCAUGUGUUGAAAAUAAUUCAAAGAAAUCUAAUAGUAAACAAAUAAAUACCAAUGUUCAUUCUGAAGAUGCUUAUACAUGUCAAAAUUGUUGUGCGAAUGGAUAUAAUGCAAGAA